GCCCCGCCCGGGGGGGCCAUGGCCGAGCGGGCCGCUGCCCAGGCUCCGCAAUGGGAUGUCACAGCAGAGCAACCAGUGCCUUUAACCCCCCCGGCUGCCUCUGAUCAUGCUUCUGAGGCAGAAAUGCAGCUGCCGCUGGAACAGACUGCCAUGUGGCCCGAGGUGACUGUGGAGACGACCGUGGAGUCGCAUGCCACGCGACUGUUGACGCUAGAGGGAAGAAUGGGGAUGGCGGAGAACAAACUAGUCGGCUGCGAGAGGACAGUGGUGGAGUUUGGGAACCAGCUGGAGAGUAAAUGGGCUGUGCUGGGAACUCUGAUCCAGGAGUACGGACUGCUGCAGAGGAGGCUGGAGAACAUGGAGAACCUGCUGAAGAAAAAAGAUGUCUGGAUUCUAAAACUUCCCCCAGGCGCACAGGGAGAAGUCCCCAAGGUCCCUGUGAAGUUCGAUGAGGUCUCGGGCUGUUUCUCCGGGCAGGAGUGGGGGGUUUUAGAGCAACGGCGGGAGGAGCUUCACAAGAACACAAUGAGGAACAACUAUGAGACGUUGAUCUCGCUGGACAAUGCUGCUUCCACGCCUGAUGCUCAGUCCCCGAUUGAAGCCGGGGUAGAGUCUCGAGUCCAAGAACAGCAGGAAUCUCAAAAAAGAGAAACCCCGCCGGAUCCCAGCACAGGAUCUCCCACUUCUAAUCCCAGCGACAGCUCAUGGAUUAAACAAGAGGAAACGCCAUGUGCUGAGAGUCAGGGGGGCUUGGUGGAGAGAGAAAUCCCUACAGAGCCCAUCAAGGCAGAUGAGUGGUGUCUUGAGGACAGUGCUGCCAUCCCGGAACUUCCCGGGGGGGCGCAAGGAAGCUCAGAGGAGGAUUUCCAGAGACCUGCUGCGAGAUGGAGCCCCGGAAGUCAGUGCAGCUCACUGACACAGCACGGAAACCCUGCAGGAAGCAGCCUGGGCCAGCCCACUCUGUGUGGAGGAGACUUCAGCGGCCUUGCACCAGCCACUGAGCAGGAGGAAAGUCACCCAGGAGAGGGGCCAUAUAUAUGCAAUGAAUGUGGGGAAAGCUUUGUCUGUAAGCAGUUGUUCGCAGUGCACCAGGGAGUCCACGCAGCAGGGGGAGUCUGCAUUUCUCCAGCAUGUGGAGAAGGCCUCAGUCAGAAAUCCAGUCUUCUACAUCCCCAGAGAAGCCAGGUCCUGGCAGGUGCAAAGCCCUACAAAUGCUCUGAGGGCGAGAUAAACUUUAGCCUCAAAUCCAGCCUUCUCAAGCACCAGGUCAGUCACACAGGCCCGUACACCUGCGCUAAGUGCAGGAAGAGCUUCAGGCUGAAGAUAAGCCUCCUCGUCCACCAGCGACUCCACGCGGGGAAGGGCGAGGGCUCGCUGCUCUGUACGGACUGCGGGAAGAACUUCACCCACCCCUCGCAGCUGGUCCGGCACCAGCGGAUCCACACGGGCGAGCGGCCCUACCAGUGCACCGACUGCGAGAAGAGCUUCACGGAGAAGUCCAAGCUCACCAACCACUACCGCACGCACACCGGCGAGCGGCCCUACGCCUGCGCCCAGUGCGGGAAGCGCUUCAUCCGCAAGCACCACCUGCUGAAACACCAGCGCGUGCACACGGGCGAGCGGCCCUACCAGUGCCCCGAGUGCGAGAAGAGCUUCACCCAGAAGUACUACCUGGUCGAUCACCGGCGGCUGCACACGGGCGAGCGCCCCUUCCAGUGCCCCACCUGCCAGAAGAGCUUCACCGAGAAGUCCAAGCUCACCAGCCACUUCCGCAUCCACACGGGGGAGCGGCCCUACCACUGCGGGGAGUGCGGGAAGCGCUUCACGGAGAAAUCCCAGCUCACCAACCACUUCCGCAUCCACACCGGGGAGCGGCCCUACGCCUGUGCCCAGUGCGACAAGUGCUUCAUCCGCAAGCACCACCUGCUGAAGCACCAGCGCGUGCACACGGGCGAGAGACUCCACCGCUGCCCCCAGUGCGAGAAGAGCUUCCGCUACAAACAGUCACUGAACUGCCACCUGAAAAUCCACCUGGGGAACCACUGCCCCAUGGGCAGCGCCCUGUCCCCUGAGCAACAAACCCCGGCUAGACCUCUUUGUGUGUGAGAGAGACUGGGCAGGAGUCCCUGGGCGGGGAGUGCCUUGCAGGUCCUGACGUCAUGUGACGUACAGGGAGGCUGGGAUUUCCAGUUUGACCUACAGGAGUGUGCAGUGUUGUCAUAGCUGUGUUGGUCCCAGGAUAUGACAGACAAGGUGGGUGAGGGAAUCUCCUUUUAUUGGACCAAAUUCCGAUAAGAUAUUACCUCACCCACCGUGUCUCCCUACAGGAGUUAGACAUCCAACUCCGGGGCAUCACCUUCCCUGAGGCUGCUUGGAAAAUCGCAGCCUAAAACAACCCACUAAAUUCCUUACAUCCAGCCUACAGCCAGUGCUGGGUAACUGUUUUAUAACUGCUGGCAGUUUCAUGCCACCAUCCUGUAAGGGGUAUUUAAUAAAACUACCUAGUUCUCAC